CUGGCACAGCGCCCACUCAAUCCUGAUGUCUGGGCAGAACUCACCGUUGCCGUAGCAACCACACAAUGACCGACACGACCUCGACCGCCCCGGAGGACACACAGGCUGUUGCCACGGCAACCCAGACUCCUGCCGACAAGCAGCUGUACCCAGCCGUUGCCAUGUACGGCCCCUGCAACGUGUUUGACCUUCAGCCCGGAAAGGUCAAGUUCUGGUGCCGCUGCGGACUCAGCAAGAAGCAACCCUGGUGCGAUGGUUCUCACAAGGGGACAGGUAUGACCCCCCUGCGGUGGAUGGUACCCCCCAAGCCCCAGAGACUCUACGCCCUCUGUGCCUGCAAGUACACUGCAGACCCCCCCUUCUGCGACGCGACGCACACCAACCUCCCCUGCGAGGUACUGCAGCGGCAGGGGGCGUGCAUGCACAAGGACGGACACGACAAAGCCACAAAACUCUGCACCGGGUGUGGCUGGGUUCCGGACUUCUGACAGGACAC